GGUAAACUAAGUCGAGUCAAACUAAAACUUUUACCGUCAACAGCCUCAAAUUUGACUUUGCAAGGUAUGAGGAAAUAAUUUUUUCUCUUCCACGUAGAGUGUUACAAAGUAGCUGUUCAUCGUUUAGUGAUACUUUAUCUUAAACGGAAUCAGUUGUCUUUGAACCAAUGUUUACUUCAGUAGUGACAAACAUGUUUGCAACACUCGUCUUUCAAAGGCACCUGGAAGCGCAUAUAGGCGUAUUUUUCAUUACUUCCAUGCCAAAACAUUGGGGUAUAAAGGGUUAGAAACAGCGCAUUGGAAUGUUAUCAACAGUAUUUCCUCCUUCUCAGCGAAGCUCAAUGUCUCGAAACUAGGUGUCGUAAUCGCCAUCUUGGAAAUCAAAGUAAACUCAAUUUUUCAGGCCCUGUUUCAGCUGUGAUUAUAUUCUCAAAUCUUGAGAAUAUGUACACAUAUUAUUUUCCCGUUUGUUGAUUUUCAAAUUUUAGGCCCCUUACCACCCGAGUAUUGGGUGAGACUUCUGUUUAGAGUGAAUUAGAUCAAAAUAAUGGGGUAAUUUAAUGUCAUCAACUAUGUUGAUUUAACUGAUGGGGAGCAACUAUACAAUACAGAGCCACUUUUGAAGGAACAUCUACAUGUAUCUAACGGCUUGUUUGGCUCAUUUGGCUUGGCAGUGGAUGAGAAACUAGGAAUAAUCUAUAUGCCCAUCAAAUCUUAGUUGGAUAUGUUUAGUGGCUCGUUUGGCUCAGCAGUAAAUGAAAGAAUGAGGAAUAAUUAUAUGCAGAUUAAGUCUUAGGUCUAUAUAUUUAGUGACUUGUUUGGUUCAUUUGGCUCAGCAGUGGUCUUUUCUGUUAACCCCUCAACUCCCAAAAUCUUAUGAGUAAUUCUCCUUACUGUCUGCCAUACAAUUCAUGUGAUGUUAGUUUGGAUAAUUUGGAAUUGGAUCAACCAAUAAUCCCCUAAUUGAUAUUUUUCUUUAUUCUCAUUACUUGUCUGCUUGAUAUCGUACUGAUAAUGUAAGGAGAAAUUCUGUCUUGGUCUCUAGGGUCAACAAAGGAGCAAAUGAGCUACACGAGCAGGCUCGUUUGGUAGAUGGUUAAAAGAAGCUCUGCAUUUUAUAGUUUAGCCAGUAGUGAAAAUAAUAAAUUCAAAGCUUCAAUGUGCCAAAUUUUCUACACCAUGCUUAUUGUUCAUUGUGCUGAAAACAUUUUUCCAAGUCCUUACAUAUGAAUGUGUUCCCAAAUGAAGGAGUAGUUUUGAAAAAAGGGGGCAAAUUUAUUAAGAAACUGUGGUGCUGCAUUAGUGAAAGAGUAUAACAGGGUAAUCUAGUAUUAUCAACUGAGUUGAUAACAUGAAUUGGCCAGUGUAAAGAGUUUCCAAGCCUUUUGAAACUCAGUAGUUUUAAAAUCUAAGUGUGUCAAAUAGCUUUCUUGCACUUCCUCAUUCAGCCAUGACAUAAGAAAAAGGAAUAGCAUAGUCCUUUCUUGAUAUUGCUUGAUAUUGCUUGAUAUUGUAUUGAUAUUGUAUGGAAAAAUUUGGUCUUGGUCACUCACAAGAGUUAACCCUUUACAGGCUAACAUCAGAAUUCAUAUUCUCCAUACGGUUCUCUGUACAUUUACUAAGGUGCUGACAAGGAGAAUUUUUCCAACAAUCAAGAGUUUCUUUAGUUGGGGAUCAUUUCCUUAAUUCCCACAUGAUGUUAAUGUGUGAUUCAGUGGUGAUAUUGUAAGGAGAAAAUAGAUGUUAGUCACUCUUAGGGGUUAAAAGGUGAUAGAAUUAAUGGGUAGACAAGCUUAUGAUUUCCAAGUGGCCUAAUAUUCCUAAUUGGCUCAUGGCAUGGAAAACUGGAUAAGUUCUAGCUGGAUUGGCCAAUUGGCAUUGAAUUGUCUAACCGCAUAACUAUUGAUGUGCUCAUCAUCAGGUAUGGACCUGUUUAACAAUGGAGAUCACCUGCCAAAGUUUUCUGAGCCUUGGAAUUUUAGUGACGCUGUAUUGGUGGUAGAGGACAAGCAGUUUCAUGUGCACAGAUCCAUUCUGGCUAUCAGCUCACCUGUGUUCAACACAAUGUUCCAGUCGGGCUUUAAAGAAGCCACAUCAACUGAAAUUCCCCUCCCGGGGAAGAAGGCAGAAAAAAUUUAUGAAUUACUGUGUAUGAUAUAUCCAUUCCCUCUGCAGAUUUCUGGUAAGCCCUUCUUAGUUUUCUCUUAUUUUCAGAAUAUUUUGUAGAUGUAUGACAAAGCUUGACAAAGCUUGAAGCAUUUCUUUAUAUGUAAAAAGGGCAGUAGAGAACUGAAGCAAUGAAAUUUAUUUGCACAGAUUUCAUUUUGAAUGUGUUCUUUUUUGAAAAGCAUCAAUUAGUAUAACUCUAUACCCAUCUUAAAUUGCAUUAUUACAUGGCAAAGUAGUCAUUAGGUAAAUCUGAGCACUCUGAUUGGUCCUUAGUCUGUCAACAUUUUGCUGUGCAGACCAUUUCCAUGGAAAUGGUCAUAAGCCAUGUAUUUCUGUCGGCUUAAUCUGGCAAAUUCAAAAUAAACAAGUUUGGUUCAUGUGCUAUAUAAUAAACUUACUAACCUCACAUGCUCAAGCUGCUCUCUCUACUCUCCAUGCCUUGUUGUCACCUGUCUACUUAAUGCAUUCUUCCUUUCCCUUUUUCCCUUCUGCUUUCCAUUUAGAAAAUCCUUACAGACACAAGGAUAAGGUGACAAAUGUUUCAGAUAACACAUCACUAAGAUUUACGUAGGAAUGCAAUAAACUAUCAAGAUGGAAUGUAAAUUGAAUUGCUUUUGAUAAUGGGGUGGAUUAUUCUCAUGCAUGGGCUGCACACUGAAGGUUGUUGUCCUGGGAAGUUUAAACCACUGGAUGCUUCUUUAACUUUCUGAAUCAAUCAGGAGGCAUGCAAUUAGUAAGGUACUUUUAGGGGCUUUAGGAGGGAGGGAGGGGUGCUUAAAUUGAAAUUUUUUGUAUUUCAAGCAAAUGUGAAUGAUUCACUCAUGUUUAUAAUUAUUUAAACCAAGUUCAUUAGACCCUUGUAAUGAUUACUUUUGUAAUAACCUCUAUGUGAAAAACACUUUUUUGGGUAAAGGUGAAAAAUCCAUGUUCACUCUUGUUUCAAACCCUCUACAACAGCCACUUUCCCAAAGGUAACAGUCCUGAAAGUGUAUCAAGACUGCCAAAAUAAGCUACAGCUUGUAGCUGCUUACAGUCUGUGAAUCACAGUCUGACAAAAGGUGUAGGAAAAUGAGCAAAAAAUCCUCUGAGCAAACAUUCCUCAAUAGCUUUAUUUCACCAAAUUUUUCCUUUUACAGGGAGACAUAAGUCAUCAAAAAAAUCACCAGAAUAAAUUUACGUAAAUAUUUAUGAAGUUAAUUGAUAUUUGGAAUUGUUGGGGGGAUCAUAAAUAGCCAAGCUGAGAUAGGAUAGCAGGGUUGUAAUUAGGAGAUGUAAUUGGUGCAUGAUCUGAACUAAGUAGGCAGCUUAAUUUAAUUAUUCUUGCAUUGUGAGGUUAAUUUCAAAUGUUUCCGGGGGCAUGCUUUCCUGGAGAAAUAUGAAAUUUGAAACUGUCCGAGAUGUGAUUUCCAGUGUUCUCAAAGCUACAUCUUUGAGUAACUUUUUCUUAGCUUGACAGAAUCACUUCACACAAGUUUGUUUUCUAUCUUUAGCCACAUAUUUACAGAGUACCCGUCGCAAAAUUGUGUGAGAGCCAGAGCCUACCAGCUCUGAAUGAAAACCUUAAGACGGCUAUACUAAUAUGUUUACCAUUAGCCACUUGGUAGAGUGAAAAGGUGUUGCUAUUAUGAGGGUUACGUCAAAGAAAGAGGGAAAGAGGGGGGGGGACUUUUGUCAAGGGAGGAGGGGAUGGGAGGCUUAUGUCAAGGAAAGAAGGGAAGGGGGGAUGGGAGGCUUAUGUCAAGGGAAGAAGGGAAGGAGAGAUGGGAGGCUUAUGUCAAGGGAAGAAGGGAAGGGGGGAUGGGAGGCUUGUGUUAAGGGAAGAAGGGAAGGGGGGAUGGGAGGCUUGUGUCAAGGGAAGAAGGGAAGGGGGGAUGGGAGGCUUAUGUCAAGGGAAGAAGGGAAGGGGGAAUGGGAGGCUUAUGUCAAGGGAAGAAGGGAAGGGGGGAUGGGAGGCUUAUGUCAAGGGAAGAAGGGAAGGGGGGAUGGGAGGCUUAUGUCAAGGGAAGAAGUGAAGAGAGGGGUGAAAGGACUGGCCCUUCCAUUUUCAAGCAAAUGAUGUGAACUGUAGGUCUUUUAGGGGAACAUGGCCGUGGACCCCCACAGCAAGUCUUUUUUAGACUUUCCCCCCCCCGUCAAAGGUUUUUUUCAAUUUUUCCGUAACAGUAGACAUUGCUCUAUAGCUGAGUGAAGGAGUAAGUCACUAAAGAAACUAUGAUGCUGCGUCGGUGAGAGGGUAUAACAAGAUAAUUUAGUUGUAUCAACUGAGUUGAUAAUGUAAAUUGGCCACCAUGAAGAGUAUCUAAGAAACUCACAGGUAAUAGUCGGUGAAGCUUUUUCGUAAAGUCAACUUUGUAUAUUAAAUACACUAUUUCAGAUCAGCACGAUGUAAGAAGCCUUUUGGAGUUGUCCCGAGAAUACCAGAUAAGUAAACUAACUUCUCGCUGCGAGGAGCGUCUCUUACAGAAACAAAGCUCGGUUGAGCUGGUGAUCCUGGCGCAGGAAUUCUCGCUGAAGCGGCUGCUUGAAAAAUGCUUGGCCUCCCUCGCAAGAAUGAACUUUCAAGAGCUCAAGAACUGUCCAAAUUUCGACAACAUAGAAGCGGAGAAUCUAGUGUGCCUCUUAAAUAAUCAUCUUCGCUGGCUUAAGGAACAGCAUGCCCGUGAAAUUAGGCAACUGAGGGAACAGUUUUUGAAAGAGAAAGGCCGAGCCCUGGAGAUCGCUAACGAGCUGAACAGUUGUUGGGGAUAUAACAAACUGCCAAUCAGAGGUUGCGCAUGCGCAUCGUAUACCAAGUCAUGUGACAACUGUUGCACAGUCUUAGAAAAAUUUGUCAAGACAAAAUGCGGCGAACUUAUCGAGGCAUUGCAACAGAACGUGUAGAUUGAGGACGUUAUUGUAGAACUCGAAGCUUUUUUUGGCUUUGAUAACGGCUCUCUCUUCAUACGGGACAACUGGAUGUAACAGGGGCUCGAAGGAUAUCAUCUAUAGGUGGGCCUGGAGAAACGAAUUUUGAAGAGAAGAGGCCCUAUGGCAGAUGAGAUUGUGGUUUAUUCUGAUACAAGGCCGAAGGGAGGUCCGGAGGCAUCCUUCCGCGCAAAAUUUAAAAAUUUAAACACGCUUCUGUGCUAUUUGGUUCAUUUCGGAUCGCAUUUCAUGGAAAAGUUUUUCGCCGCUUUCAAGGAAUCUCAAAGCCGCCACUAGGCAUGUCGGUGACAGAGCAUUUGUUGUCCUCGUCCUUUUUGCUAAAAAAGUGUCAUAAGUGUAGGGGGUG